AUGUCGAAAGUAACGACGAGGAAGAUCAGCGCAGUUCCUGUGUCAUCUAGCAAGACUCUGAGAGACCUCUCAUACAAGCCUAGAUUCCGGCACAACUAUGGUUCUGACGAAACCUUCUACCAGUUCAUAAGUAACUAUAAAGACAAAUGGGAGAAGAGCCUCUACUACGUGGACGAGGCGUUGGUGAGGUCAGAAUUGGAAAAGGACAACCUUACUCCUCCACAAUUUGAUACUAUAGAGGCUGAUUCUUUGCAUAUCAAUAGUAUUGAAUAUAGUGAACUAACCAAGAAAGAAGUGGAAAACUUAUUUAGACCUCAGUUGAGCUUGAAUGUAAAACAGGGAUCAAAGUCAUUUGCAAAAAAGUUGCAAUUCGGUCAGUCAGCACUGCUUGAUGACGUAUCAAGACGUGGAUUGCUACUCAAUACCGGAGGUCAUGUUACUUCUGUUAAAUGGUUGCAUACUCCCUUGGACAAUACUAGUGCCGAUAUUCACUAUUUGGCAGUUUCUAUAAUUAAUCAUCCUGAUGGAAUGGAAGCUGCCAUAAAUAGUCCAGAAUUAAGCAUAUUUCAUAAGAAGACUGGCGAAAACACCAUACAUUCUGCUAUCCAAAUUUGGAAGUACACCCUAAGCACAAACAAUCUUUCGUUGGAAAAGGUGUAUGUAACAACACAACUAGGAGCUACUCAGAAUUUGAGCUGGCUUCCUAUUUAUGUAGCUGGAGACGAUUCAGUUUUAGGAGUCUUAGCUGGCAGUUUCACAGACGGAAAUUUGCACCUUUUCAAGAUUCUGACAAAAGGUGCCAAAUAUGUUAAUGUAGACAAACCAUCGCGUACUUAUACUGCUAAAAAGUUCGCCUCUGAUCUGGCCAAGAACAGCCCCAACGUCACAACCUUUGGAUUCAUCGGUUCGUAUAAGGUUUUAGUAGGGCUUACAGAUGGAUGUAUAGCCGAAUUCAUUUUUCCGUUUCAUCCCCAUGACCUGUUGGCUGAUGAUGGCGAUGAUGAUGAUACUAUCCCGUCGUAUAUCGAGAGAGUAGCGGAUAGCUCUAUCAGUACCAUAAUGAUUGGUGAGCCGGCUCCAGAAGAAUAUGUUGUGCUAGUCACUUCAACUGGAGUACAAUCGUGCGCAUACGAAUACAAGAACUUCCUCAGAGGAAGAUUGUCAACAUUGGCCGCUAAGCCAUUGAUCAGAUCUACUUAUAACCAUACCCUUAAAGUGUACGUCGCAACAUGGGCAUUUGACUCAACUUCCUUCAACUUCAUCAGAAAUCCACACGAGGCUUCAAACACUUUACUAAAAGUAGACGCCUUUGUAACAGCUUUGCUGCUGUCUGAAAUAAUUGGACACCCUUUGAACUUAACAGCCACUUCUGACGGUGAUGUCAUAGUUGUUAAUUACUCUAGAAAGUUCCUUAAUGGGGCAAAGAUUACUAACAAGAGCUUGAAACCAUUGAAGUUGUGGAAGUUGACAUUGAAUGAGAGUCAAUUAGAGUUGUCAGCCGACUUUGAAGUUAUACCUGCCGAGGCUGCCUCCCAACUUCCAGUGAGUCCUCCAGAAGUUGUCGUAACGUCUUUGGCUUGGAACGAGAACGUCGCUGGAAGUUCAAUCUACACUGCAGGUACAAUUUCUGGUCUACUCAUCCUAGAAAGAUUGGAUUCUGCCGCAUAA